AUGGAGUCGGACAUAAAAGUGACUGAACAUUUAAAAAGCCAGUUUAAGGCUUAUCAAGAACAACAGCAAAGGCGGCUGCAAAAUCUAAUGGAGAGGAAGAAGGAAAAGCAGGAGGACAGUCAGAAGGGUGAUAAUGGCAACCCAAAGGAGACCUUCAGAAUCCCAAAUGAUCUAAACCUGCUUGACACAGGACAACCUGUAAAUGAAGAUAACAGCAAAAGGUUGCUUGAGGUUGAGAAUGAGGAGCUCCAGAAUCAGCUUCGAGAGGUCCGAGAUGAGAACUGCAGACUAUACAAACUGCUGACAGAGAAAGAUUUUGAAAUAAAGCAACUCCAGAAAAAAAUACAGGAGGACAGAUUGGCUUUGUCGGGGGCGUCUGGUUUGGCCGCAGAUGUUGCAGCUACUAAAAUAGUUGAAUUGGCCAAAAAGAAUCGUGAGAUAACUGCCGAGAACGAGAGUGAAAAAGCCAAAGUGAAGCAGCUGAAUAACAAAGUCAAGGAGCUGGAGAAAGAACUACAGACAGCUGUGGAAAAAAUACAUUCUCUUGGUGGUACUGAUGCAGGAAUCAAGCAAUCAACUCUGAAGAUGGUAGAAGGAAACUUGGCUGAAAGUCCAGAGGUGAAAGCAUUGCAAGAAAAAUUAACCACUGCCAACUUUAAAGUGACGGAGUAUCGUAACCAACUCCAAUCUGCAAAACAGGAGCUGAAGAUGACCCAUAAGCUUUUAGCAAACGAAGUCGGUGAAGAUGUGAAUAUUCCAAGUCUUUUGACCAAUCCUGGCAGCUGGCGUGGACGAGCCCAGCAAAUUCUUGUUCUCCAAAGCAAGGUUCGAGAGCUGGAGAAUCAAUUGGGUCAAAACAAGACGAGAACAUCAAGGAGUGAGAUGGAUGAGGAAUCACUUACUGAUCCAAGGAAGUUGUCAGCCCAAGAGAAGAACUUGCUGAAGAUUCGCAGCUUGGAAAAAGAAACAAAAGAGACCUUGGAGAAACUCACUGGGGAACACGAUGCUCUCCAAAAAAGUCACGAGGAAGUGAAAAAAAAACUUGACGCAUCCAAAGCCAGGAACAAAGUACUGUGCAAUGAAGUGAAAACCCUGAAGGAACAGAUUGUAACCUUGCUGGAGAAAGGAAAACACGACGAUGAGCUCGUAGACGCCUUACUGAGCCAACAGAAGCAAAUGCAGGAGAUCUUAAAGCACCUGAGCCAGCAGGACGAGAAGAACAAGGAAUCCCAGCAGGUGCCAGGGCAGCACUUGAACAGUGAUGGGCAGAAACAAGACUGCUAUAUAGAGAAGCUCAGAGGGAUGGUGGUUGAACAAGAAGCAACGAUUAAAGAGCUGGAAAAAGAGAUCGAGCAACUCACACUUCAGAAGAACUCUGCCCAUCAAGGGGACGCUUCAGAAGCUGCUGAUACCCCACAUUCUGAGCACUUAGAAGAUCCAAGCUUUAGGCUGCUAAAACCUCGGGCAUCAGGCAGCAAUCAGAUUGGAAGGAUUGGAUCCGCUCGCACGGUGUCCAAGAUGGGCCAUACGCUCGUAGAGUCAGCAGCUACUAAGCCUUUCCUUCUCAGUAAUAACAUCGCACCUGGAAGGCUCGCUGGCACUGACAGCCCAGAUUUGAAAGUGCUGCAGACACAGAUCACAGAGCACAAGGCUCUCCGCCAGCCUGCUGGAGUGGAAAGAGACAGGCUCCUGGAGCUGCUCACUGUGCUGCAGAAAAGGGUGGAGGAAGGCAGCAAUAAAGCCUUGGAAGCUGAGAAGAGGCUUCAGGAAGAGCGAUGUGUCGUUUUGGAACAGCAGCUUGAAAAACCGCAAAUGGAUCCAGGGAGGAACACAAGUGCACAGAAACCUCCCCUGAGGAGCAAAACAGGCCAGUCGGCGAGUGACUCCAGCCUCACCUUGAAUGUGAGCGAUGGGAAGGAGCUCUCUGCAGCCCCACUUUCCUCGUUGCCUCUAGGAUCGCAGAUAGAGGAGCUGAGCACAAGGCUCCUGAGCCAGCUGGAGGAGAAUGAAGCUCUGAAGGCCGCUUUGCAGACUCCUGGGAGAAAGAAAGGGGAAGAUUUUAAACUGUUUCAAGACACAAUGGACCAAGUGAAGGAUAUCUUUUUACAGACCUUUCGGCAGCAGAAACAAGAGAAGAGUUAA